AUGAAUGGUGGAGAGGAUGAUCUUGCAUUGUCAGAAGAUGAUUUUGACAAUCCAACAUCUGAAUCUUUAGUGCGGAUGUUCAAGAAUCGCAAUGAUACGCCUGUUGCACAUAUUGCAACAGGUCAGUCACCCGCACCGCUUCCUAUAGAUGACUUAGCUUCAGAGACAAUUGAUUCUCAGGCUGAAAGACCAAAAGAUGAUCCAGCAGUUGAUCCUCAGACCGAAAGACCAAAAGAUAACAUGGCAAUCGAUGCUCAGACUGAAAAAAUAAAAGAUCACACAGGAGUUGAUUCUCAUGCUGAAAAACCAAAAGAUGACACGAGGGUACUGGACAUUAGCAUGUAUGAAAGUGACAAAACCCCUGUUACAAGUCCUCUGAAAGAAACCUCAACUUCAACUGCUGCGUUUCCAGUGAACGGGAAAUUCAAGGAACCUUUACGUGACGUAAGGAAUGUGGCGAGGGACUUAAACUCAUGCAUGAAGGAGAUUGAGAUCUUAUUUAUCAAGGCAUCUGAUUCUGGAAAAGAAGUCCCAAGGAUGCUUGAAGCAGACAAAGUCAAUUUCCGGCCUUUACUACCAGAAGAAAAAGCGCCAGGAUCAACAGCAUCAGGUUUUUUUGCAACAUUAUUUGCUUGUUGCAGAGAGGAAGUCCCUGUUCCUCAACCUCCUCCUCAGGCUGAAGUGCAGUACCUUACCUGGCAUAGAUCAAUGUCUUCACUUUCUUCAUCAUCCAGAAAUCCUCUUGGGACAACAUCAAAGGAAGACACUGAUGGUCUCACUGGAAAUAUCUUUGGUGGUGUAUACAUGAAUUCUGGCAGUCAUGCCUCCACACUGGACAGGCUGUAUGCAUGGGAGAGAAAGCUUUAUGAUGAAGUCAAGGCAAGCGGUGCAGUUUGCAGGCAAUAUGAUGAUAAAUGUAGGCAGCUAAGACACCAGGAAUCAAGAGGAGAAAGCCAAAUGAGUAUCGACAAAACCCGUGCUGUUGUGAAGGAUUUGCACUCCAGAAUUUUAGUGGCCAUUCAGAGAAUCGACAUGAUUUCAAAGAACAUAGAGGAUCUAAGGGACAAAGAGCUUCAACCACAGCUAGAGGAAUUAAUUGGAAGUUUGACUUGCAUGUGGGCAACAAUGCUUGAGUGUCACCGGCAUCAACAUGAUAUCAUUAAACUAGUAUCCAACACUGGCAACAUGAAGGCUUCAAUUCGGUCAGAAUCACAGUUCCAAGCAACUCUACUCCUUCAGGUUGAGCUGAACACAUUAUGUUCAAACUUUCAGAAAUGGAUAGCAUCCCACAAAGCAUAUUUGCAGAGCCUAAAUUCAUGGCUACUCAAGUGUGUGAAGUCACUACAAAAGAAGAGGAAGAGUUCCAGGAAAAAGAAGGUCGAAGCUGAUCCAAUAACAAAGUAUGCUGUUGCGCCCAUAUUUAAAACCUGUGAGAGCUGGAUAAAUUUGUUGGAUGAUUUACCAACGGAUUUGGAGGAUGCUGUUAAAGACCUUGCUGCUCAUAUAAACCGUUAUGUGCCACAUCAGGAGAAGCAAUGGGGUGGUUCAAAGCGAAUCUUAUCGUUGUCCCAUAGUGGAAGAUCAAACGGGGAGAUGGGGAAGUACAAAGAAGUGACCCCCUAUGGAUUUACAAUCAAGUUUGGAGAUAUUUCUAGGGAAGCUUGA